AGAUGGAGUCGUGCAUCCAGGGAUUAAUUCAUCAUCAAUAGCUUUGCGGCCAAUAUUGUUGGAAGUCUGCUUCUCGCGUAUCGCUCAUCGUGUUGAAUGUUCCACAUUUCUUUCUUUCACGAUUGUAAAGGGGGUUGCAGGAGCUAUCUGAGGUGUUGGAUGGGGCGGGAUUGCACCAAGACUCCUAAGCCCGUCCCACCAGCGUUCUUGUCGUGCACUUUUGCAAUGCUCUAUUCAAUUUUAGCUUCAGUAGUCGCCUUCAUUAUUCACGCGAGGCCAUAUGUCAUAGCCAACGUUCAACAAUCAAGCUUCAAACUUAUCGGCAGGUGAGUCCCAAAAAGUUCUAUCCGUCUGCUCUUAUGACCGCUGCCAAGAACUCUAUGGACACAGAUUCAAAUGUGCAACUACACAAAAAGAAAGCAAGUCCCAC